AACCGAUGGCAUUUUCCUCUCCAGUUUUCGUGGUCCGGUCCUCUAAUCAACCCCACCCGAAGCUAAGAAGGAGGAAAGACCCGCCUUUUAUCAUUAAGGAGGAAAGACCCGCCAUUCUCACUCAUGAAACUCAGUGUAUGUAGUUUGUCUCUUUCCCUAACUUCACCUAGAAAGAUUUGCAAUUUAGUUGGGAGCCAUUCUUGCAUGGAAACCCAUAAAAUGCAUACUCAUACCCGUAAGCCAGAACCUUCGCUUGUCUCAUUGGAUACCCUGCUUGAUUACUCGAAAUUAAAUACAGAGUCAAAUGCCGAUGAACUGUUCGAUGAAACGCCCAAAUUGGAUGUCGUAUCAGCAACAACUGCAAUCGGACGGUUUGUUAGGCAGCACCGAUACAAAGAAGCUAUACAUUUCUUCUCGAGAAUGCUUUUUUUGAAUAUUAGGCCCAAUGAAUUCACUUUUGGGACUGUAAUUCCCUUGUCAACUGCACUAGAAGACCUUUGUUUAGGGAAGCAAUUUCAUGCUUGUGCAAUGAAGACGGGCGUUAACGGUAUUGUCUUCGUGGGCAGUGCAAUUCUAGAUUUCUAUGCCAAGUUGAGUUCAAUUGAGGAAGCUCGGAAAGCUUUCGAGGACAUCCAAGAGCCUAAUGUGGUCUCUUGCACGACUUUGAUACAUGGGUAUUUGAAGCAAGGUAGGAUUGAGGAUGCUCUUCUGCAUUUCCGAGAGAUGCCCGAGAGAAAUGUGGUAUCAUGGAAUGUGAUGAUUGGCGGAUGUAGCCAAAUGGGCCAAAAUGAAGAGGCUGUAAAUCUCUUUGUUGAGAUGCUGAGACAAGGUUUGAUGCCUGGCCCAUCUACAUUUCCUUGUGCCAUUAGUGCAGUUUCAAAUAUAGCAGCACUUGGGAUGGGCAAAAGUUUUCAUGCUUGCGUCGUUAAGUCCUCGUGUAACUUUGAUGUGUUCGUUGGCAAUUCUUUAAUAAGCUGUUAUGCAAAGUGUGGAAGCAUGGAAGAUAGCCUUUUGGUUUUCAAUAAACUUCCUGAUAGAAAUAUUGUAUCUUGGAAUGCUUUGAUAUGUGGCUUUGCACAGAAUGGAAGGGGAGAGGAUGCUUUAAUCUUCUUUGAGAGGAUGAGAGCUACAGGCAUGAGACCUAAUAGUGUUACACUUCUUGGUCUUUUAUGGGCUUGUAAUCAUGCUGGUCUUGUUGACAAGGGUUCUUUGUACUUCAAUCAAAUUAGGGUUGAGGACCCCAACAUGUUAACACCUGAACACUAUGCUUGUAUGGUUGAUUUACUCUCUCGGUUUGGUCGUUUGAAAGAAGCUGAGGGGCUUCUUCAUGUUUUGCCUUUUGAUCCAGGAAUUGGGUUUUGGAAAGCAUUACUUGGAGGCUGCCACAUCCACUCAAAUGUGGAAUUGGGUGAGUUAGCAGCACAGAAGAUCCUGGCUUUGGAUCCUGAAGAUGUGUCAUCAUAUGUAAUGCUGUCAAAUGCUUAUUCUGCUACUGGCAGAUGGCAGAAUGUGUCAAGAAUAAGAAAAGAAAUGAAGGAGAAGGGAUUGAAGAGGGUUCCAGGUUGUAGUUGGAUUGAAAUUAGAAGCAAAGUUCAUGUCUUUGUCAACAGUGAUAGGAGUCAUUACCAAAAGGAUGACAUUUACAGAGUCUUGAAGUUUUGCACUGAACAGUUAAGAGAUAAUGAAGUGCCAGACUGUUAAUGGAGCUUUAAAGUAAGGUUUCUCACCAUUGAUUUUUCUGUGAGAACAGUAAUUGGAAGUUUGUUCAACUUUAUAACAACACUAGCUGGAUGUUAAAUCAUUGUGCUGCUUAUAAUGUUUUAUAAUUUGUUUGUGGCUUUGUGCAUUUAACUUGACCAAACAAAGAAGACAAAUCUCUAGUAAAUUUGUUUCUAUUAAUAAUUACAAUGGGUUCAAAACAUCACCAUUCUUCAUCUAGGCUCUGAUGAAGUUAGUGUUAACCUUGUUACACCAUUCCUUUCUUUCUAUCGCAUAAAAAGUCAGCAAGUCUUUCAACUAUACACAUGGAUAAAAGUUAUGCCUCAUUAGAUUGAUGGAUUUACAGUAUUGCUGAAGAGAUUGAUAAACUUAGAAUGCCUAUGGAGUAAUCUUUUUUAUAACCUUUAUGCACGUACUUUGAGGAAAUUUAUUUUCAUUGGUUGCAUAUUUAUUUGUUGGUCUGCUGAUGUGUGUGGAGCUGCAAUUUGGCAUAUAUGUUUCUAAAUCUUCAACUGAAGCUAAAUAAUAAAGAGGCAGUUCAUAAAGUUUCGCAAGUUGUGGAAGAGGUGAGUUUGCACAACUACAUUCAAGAUCAUCGCAACUCAAGGUAUGGAAGAGAAAUGUCUAUGGUCAAACUAAAAAUGGCAAUAGGAGGCAGGUCAUAAACCAAUUUAACAUUAUAGUACCUUAAUCUUGGGUCAUUGCAGAAACCAUCCCUGCCACAGAUCAAUUCAUUCCUCCUUCAAGGGAUUUCAUCAAGCUAUACUUUGAUGCAGCUUGUGAUGCAAAGAACAAUGAAGGUUCGACAGCUGCUUUUGCUGCCGAGGUCUUCCAUGUGGAUGGUCUUGCAGGAAGUUUUCGGCCAUUUUGGAACCUCUUAUUCUAGAAAGUCUGGCAUGCGGGGAAGCUAUCUCCUGACCAAUUCAAAAGGCUUUACGAAGGUUGUUUUAGAAGGGGAUUCCCCUUCAAUUAUCCAAGCUCUUCGAGGAGGAAUUAAGCCCCUAGCAAUUCAGGGAGUGCUGCAGGAUAUCAUCACUCUUACCUGAAUCUUUUGAUCAGCUAUCCUUCUUCUUUGUAAAAAGAAAUGGUAACCAAGCUCCUCAUAGCAUAGCUUCCUUAGCUCUUCGGGAUAUGUCUUUCUAUUGUAAUCCUCUCAUGCAGCUUCAUUUUGUAACUCUUUGAUGCCCUGUUAGUCCUCAAUUCCUUGUUGUGCAAGGCCGCAGAAAGGGCAUUGAACUUCUGAACUUCAACAUUUUCAACACGUACCAUUUCUAGUUGUUAA